CUGCGAAUUCAUGAAGCCAUCGAUCUACAAGAGUCAUUUGAAAAAUAUCGGGAAAGCGGAUCAUUUCUAUGAAAUUUGGACACGAGCUUGGCACCAGCGAGUUCUCAUGGAGCCACGUCUAUAUCGCGUUGCCACGGCGCAUCAGGUUGUUGAAUCGGACACACAGCAGAUGUAUGAUGUUUUGGGUUGACCAUCCUAUAUAUAAAAGCAAAGCGAUAACUUUCAGUCCAAUAACAAAGAACAUCAUCCAGAAUCCAGACCCAGCCUCAAGUGGAACAAUGAAGUUCAUCUCAAUCACCACUAUAAUUAUGUCUGCCGCAGUACUGGCGGGGAUCGUUACAGCACAAGACCCUACCGGUAUGCCAUGCGACCAGCGGGUGCUCGCAGAAAAGUAUGAGUGCGAAUGGGUCCCGGGUUAUAACAGUGGCUUUGCGUAUUUGUUUUUCUGUUCAGCACAAAGCACUCAGGUGGUUGUUCAGACUUGCAGCUGUAUGGACUGCUGUAACGUUGUCAGCGGAGGUGUAGGUGCCGGCGGGUCCUACAACUGCACAUAAAAGGAAGGGCUGACUUCGCAACUGGUGGCACUGGCUCUGGGGAAGGGAGCUUGGGGUACAUAAAUAUGUUGAGGCUCAAGAAUGUAUCUAAACACAUGUGUGACUCCAGACUCAUCAGCAUCUUCGGGUUCUCCAGAUACACCUUCGACCAUUACUAGCACAAUAUUUGAUGACAGUGACACAGGUGCUUAC